AUGCCUACGGUUAUCGGCAGAGAAGUUGGCCCCAUCGGCUACGGCCUCAUGGGCUUCACUUGGCGACCAGAGCCUACCCCUGUGGACCAGGCCAUUGCCGCUCUCAAGACAGCAGUUGAAAAUGGCAUGACCCUCUGGAACGGCGGCGAGUUCUACGGCACUCCCGAGUGGAACUCCAUGACGCUGCUCAAGGCAUACUUCACCAAGUACCCAGAGGACGCCGACAAGGUCACGCUCAUCAUCAAGGGCGGAGCGGACCUCAAGACGCACAAGCUCGACGGAUCUCCCGAGGGCAUCCGACGCUCACUCGACAACAUCCUCAACCAGCUCGGAGGCGUCAAGAAGCUGGACCUCUUCAGCUGCACGAGACGUGACCCCAACACUCCCCUCGAAGUGACCUUUGGAGUCAUCCAGAAGGAGUACAUCGACACGGGCAAGCUUGGUGCCAUCGCGCUUUCUGAGGUCAGCGCCCAGACCAUCCACGAAGCGGCCAAGAUUGCCAAGAUCGGUACCGUCGAGGUCGAGCUGAGCAUGUUUUCUCCGGAUAUCCUUACCAACGGUGUUGCCGCGGCUUGUGCCGAACACGACAUCCCCAUCACCGCCUACUCUCCCAUUGGACGAGGAAUGCUCGCCGGUAGGUUCAAGGACCCUCAAGAAGUCAAGGUCCUCGGCUUUAUUGCUUCGUUCCCGCGCUUCCAGAAGGAGGCCUUUGAGCACAACAUGAAGCUGGUCAACCACGUCGAGAGCCUCGCCAAGGAGAAGGGCUGCACUCCGGCCCAGCUCGCCAUUGCGUGGGUGCACGGUCAGGGCAAGCGGCCCGGUCGACCAACCAUCAUCCCCAUCCCCGGCGCGACUACCGUCGAACGUGUCAAGGAGAACUCGAAGCUUAUCGAGCUGACGGAGGAGGAGGUGAAGAAGAUCGACACCAUUGUCGAGUCAUUUGACGUGGCUGGCGCUCGCUACCCUCCCGGCGUGCCCAUCAGCACCUAG